AUGGCGCUCACCCAGGAGGGCAUGGACGCCAUCUCCAGGUCCCUCUUCAUGCCAAUCAUGCUCAUGAUCGACUUCGGCAUGUUCCAGUACCUCGUGUCCGUCUACUACGUGCGUCGGCACGAGCGCCGCGUCCGGAUGCUGCUGCUGGCCUCGUUCAUUGGCUUCGCGUCGCACGUUUACUUCCAUGAAGACAAGGAGACGAUGUUGUCCUUUAACGACAUCUCCGAGGUGUGUUCGCAGCUGACGUUCCUGAUUCAGAUCACCAUCAUCGGCCACGCCGUCCGAGCCAAGGUCAAGCUUCGCUCCAUCACGGUCUUCACCUACAUCGCCGAGUGCUUCAUCGUGCUGGACUGGCUCAACAUGCUGGCCUCGGCUAUCGAGGCUGCGGGGUACGAGCUGACGGACGAGAUGCACAUUGCCUCGAAUGUGCUCGAGUCUUUGACCAUGACUUUUGUUCCAGUCUUCCGGUUCUACUACCUGUCGCUCUCAAACGGCUUCCGGAAGGUGCUGGAGGCGAGAAAGCUCGAGAUGUUCCUCUACUUUCUCGUGGCGACGCAUGAAGACGUGAUGGUAGUGAUCGAACAUCUCACUGGAGUGUCGUGGGAGUAUGUGCAAGGCGUCUACAUGCGCGGAACGAUAGCGAUUUGUAUCUUGCUCAACUUACACAAGAAGAUCAAGCAGAGCUCGGCGAACACUCGUGGGGCAACCAGCGGCAUCCCCUCGACCGGUGAGGAUAGUGGCGCACACUCUCCUCGAUCUUUCAACGCGGUGGUUCCCAUGUCUUCUACUGUUGUCACUUCAAUACGGAGCACAUUGAACAAGGGCGUCAAGAGCGUCGUGAGCGGGAGAAGCGUGAAAAGUGCGAGAUCUUCCAGCAACAUCAUGAAGAUCGGCGUGACUGGACCGGCGCCCCCAACGAUACGGUGA